CAUCGCGUAUGUCAGCUGUGAACACGUGUUCGAAGUGUGGAUUCUCAGCGAAUGUGUACGCCACUGUAACUUAGUCUUGUCUUGCUGGGAUAUUCAGUAGUCCAUCAGGCACCAUGCCGAAGGUGAAAACCGAACGUACGCGCCAGCACGAGGUGGUGCAGCGUCAGAACAUCGCGUUCCGCACCGAGCUGGGCCAACACAUCCUCAAGAACCCGCUGGUCAUCAACGGCAUGAUCGAGAAGUCGGCCAUCCGUCCCACCGACGUCGUCCUCGAAGUCGGCCCCGGUACGGGAAACAUGACCGUCAAGUUGCUCGAGAAGGCCAAGAAAGUGAUCGCCUGCGAAGUGGACACUCGCUUGGUCGCCGAACUGCAGAAGCGCGUACAGGGUACGCACCUGCACAGCAAACUGCACAUCAUAGUGGGCGACGUGCUCAAGUCGGAGCUGCCUUUCUUCGACAUCUGCGUCGCCAAUCUGCCGUACCAGAUUUCCUCGCCGUUCGUCUUUAAAUUGCUGCUGCACCGGCCCUUCUUCAGGUGUGCUACUCUGAUGUUCCAGCGAGAGUUCGCCCAGAGGCUCGUGGCCAAACCAGGCGACAAAUUGUACUGCCGGCUGUCGGUCAACACGCAACUGUUGGCACGUGUCGACAUUCUCAUGAAGGUGGGCAAGAACAACUUCCGGCCACCGCCCAAGGUCGAGUCGAGCGUCGUGCGGCUUGAGCCGCGCAAUCCGCCACCGGCCAUCAACUUCGUCGAGUGGGACGGGCUGCUCCGCAUCUGCUUCGUACGGAAGAACAAGACCCUGAGCGCCGCCUUCAAGCAGACGUCCGUGCUGGCCAUGCUGGAAAAGAACUACAGGGUCCACUGCUCGGUGGCCAACGAAGAACUGCCCGGCGAAUUCAACAUGAAGGAAAAAGUGGACGAAAUCUUGUCGCAGGGUGGUUACUCCGACAAGCGCGCCCGAACGAUGGACACUGACGACUUCAUGGCGCUUCUGCACUUGUUCAACACAAAUGGCAUACACUUCUCCUGAGGCAGCGUUGAGAAAGACUGUGCCAUAUAUGAACUCGGGAGGAACGUAAUAGUUAUGAUAGCUUAUAACUGUGUGCAUCAGAAACGAGGACACGCAACACUUACGUUUGUCUAUUUUUUUGUUUAUGUGUCGGCACUGUUUCUGAUGCAGGCUGUUAUAAACUAUCAUGACUAACAUAGCUCACCAACACGUCUCAAGCUAAUAGUUGUACCAGGGACUGCAUUCUAGGUGGGCUGGCGUUAAGUCGCAAGCUGUGUCAAUGGGCCACAAUUGUUGCGGCUGCUUGAUUCUAUGAAGAAUAAGCUCACCGUCACAGGCUUGGAUUUGUGCUGUGAUGGCGGCAUUCGGGCACGAUUGCAGUGCGAAGUGUCUCAGUGACGGCAGUAGUUCAAAACAAAUCAUUGUUCAUAUUGCACUUAUUUAAGUAUAUUCUGUAAUAAAAUGCCACUUAUAAGCCUUUGCCUUUAUAAGCCUUUGCUUCUCCAGAUGGUGCUUUAAUUGUAGAAGCUGUAAUCCUCUCUCUGAAAACUUGAUAUGUCCUGCAAUAAUCCCUCAAUGCUGAAAUGAAAAGCAUCUCACAAAUAAUGUCAGAUUUCUGCUCCAACGUGUAUAGGAGUCUUUUUUUUUACUUUAAUAAAAGAAAGGCUUGUUU